AUGAUCACGAGCCUUCCUUUCUCUGAGAGGAACGUGAUUUUUGAUGAUUGUAUGAAGUGGCAUUCGGAUGGUGUCAGGGAGUUGCUCGGCCCUGUUGUUGACUUGGCGGACGAUGACACCCAUGCUUCUAUGACGGUGAUCAUGGCCGCGAUCCGUAGCGUGGACAUAACUGCGGAGCAGAGGGUUAGGCUCUUCCUCUUGGCUCUGGUGAGUAGAGUGAUGGCCCCGAGCAGGAAUAAUCGGGUGCAUGUUGGCUUCCUGACGGCUUUGCAGGAUUUCAGGGCUGUUUCGGGCUUCAUUUGGGGUGGUCUGGCGUAUAGCCACCUUUUGUAUGAGAUGAAGUAUGCCUCCCGGACUUCGCCGGAGAGCAGCCCGAGUAUUGCUGCUUUGUGGAGCGUGCUGGAGAUUUGGAUGUACGAGCAUUUCCCGACCUUGGCGCCGGCUCGUACUAGGGAUGCGGCUUACCCGUAUGCUGCCUCUUGGAUAGGAGCGGUGCGCGGGAGGAUGUCCUUGGCGAGUUCCCGCAGAGUUUUGAGGGUUUUGCCUAUUGAGGAGGUGGUUUGGCGUCCUUUUGUCGAUGCGCCUACACCCGUCCAGGCCAUGCAUGCUCACUUCUUGUCUCAGCGCCGGGUCUUGCUCCCGGGGGCCGGGGGUGUACCGCUAUAUGUGGUAUUUGGGGGAACGAGUGUCCCCUCAGCAUAG